AUGUCUCAGCUGGCCAUAAAAUUCUUCCUCCUUUUCCUUGUAGUUGAAUUAUCAACCGCAUAUUAUAAGCCCGAUGCCAAUAAAAAUGAAAAAAGUUAUCUAGAUCAACCGGAUAUUGACUAUAUCAGGAUUUUGAGAGAGACCGUAGGAGGAUGGCAACAAGAAGCUGAUAGUAAAUACGGUAACCUUCGGGCAUCUACCAAUUACAUGAAGCGGUCAUUGUUCCUACAAGACAAAGUUCGUGAGUAUGUGCAGCUUUGGGGAGAGUGGAAGAAUCAUAAGGGAUAUCCAUUCUAUGACUUGCGGAACAAGAUUCACGGUAACUUGUGGCCAACACAGUAUGAUACUUGUCGUCAAUUUGAGGGUACAAAUCUUUUAACGUAUCUUAUAUAUGGUCUUAGUGCAGAAGCUGACAUGGUUUAA